AAAAACACGGAAGUAAACACCACUCUGCGCUCAGCCUCUUCACAUCAAACAUUACAUUUGAUCACUAAACAUGUCAGUAAUGUAAUUUUAAGGAAUAAUAAGUUACCUUAAAUACCUCAGCGGGCGUAUCUUAAACGAAGCCGUGUUCGGAAAAAGCUGGGUUUGGGGCGCGAAGACACCGACGAAUAUAUUAUAAGCUUCUAUGGACCACAAAGAAAAACCUUGGGAAGGAGCCGUGAGACUGGAGGAGCUGCCACAGAUGGAUGGGACAUGUGAUGCAUGCGAGCCUGAUGAGGCUCAACUUGCCAUGCAAGUCUGCAACACCUGCAGCUUUGCCUUCUGCUGUGUGCAUGCUGACAGACACGCCUCCAGCACACAUCACCCGCUAACUCCGUAUAACCAUGAGGAGACGCUAGCGAAUGGACUUUGCUGCAACAUAGACUCCGGAAUCGAAAGUGGAGCCAAGGAGGAGGCUUUGAUAGGGUUGCUGCAUGUACAGGAUGUAGAUUUGAGUGAAGUGGCACUUGGAGAUGAGAGCGGUAAUGCUGAGAAUAGCCAUGGAUCCAAGAAUGGCCUGCUGCUUCGAGGGACUGAUUUGGGAGCUGAGGGUUCAGUAGAAGGGCAGAAGAGCAUCGCUGCUGCAGAGGCAGUGAAGAGGGACACUGUGACAGUAGAGAGACUGCGCUGCAAGGAGCAUGGGCAGGAAGGCUCCCUCUACUGUAAACCAGAUGAAAAGAUUAUCUGUGUUUUGUGUGCUGUGCAGGGUGAGCACCAGCAACAUGAAAUUAUCACUCUGCAUGAGGCUUAUAACUGGCAGAAGAAUAGACAGGGUUAUGACCUGCUGGGCUGUACACGACAGAUGGGACAGAAAAUCACAAACAAGUGGACCAACCCAAAGAUGUCUACAGAGCAAUUGGAGGUGUAUGUGAACACCCAGUUCGAUGAACUUCGCAGAUUAGUACAUCUUGAAGAAAAGAGGACCUUGCACCUUGUGGAUCUCAAAGAGGCAUUCCUGACUGCAUCUGCUGCAGAGAAAAUUGCAGAGAUCACUGUUCAAACUGAACACCUCCAAGAAGAGAUGGCCAGCAUCACUAAGCAGAUUUGCAUGCUGGAACAGACUCAGGUACCAACAGGAGAUCCUGUCCGGACAGCAGAGGACUUCGCAGAAGCACCAGGACCAGUCCAUAUAUUAACGCUUGACUUUGAAGCCAGACCAAGGUUACCAGUGCCAAGGGCUGACCCAGUGGACCCACAGGACUUAGAAGACAGUGAUUCAGGACCUCCCAUGGACCAUGCUCCCUGACAAUGGACGUUCUGGUAUUGUGUCUUUGCCUCGGAUGUCAGUGAAAUGACCUUUGAAGCAACUUUGGCGAGCUGAAGUGGGCUAGAAACCUCCUGUCCACAUUGAAAUGUCUCUCGCCCUAUUAACUUUGCUUAAUGGAAACACUGAAGUUCUCUGCCAUCGAUUACAAUCUGGCCAUAUUUCCGCUGCCAGUUGGAUCCAGGUGAGCCCGGCGGACUCGUUGAGGAAGGAGUCCAUUAGGACUGGAGUUUUCAAAGCUUAUUUUUAUAUGUUGUGAAAAAAGAAGAUCUAACUUUUUAUACUCUUAUCUCUUCCUGCUGCCUAAAUGUUUUUGUUUUUUUCUUUACUUCCCAUCUGUGUUCCCUCCCAGAUUCAUAGUGCACUUGCAUUUGUAUGCAAAUGCUUUUAGGACCAACAUGGAGAGCAUUUUGACACUUAUUGAUUUAGAGAGCUUUAUGAGUCGGGCAAAAAUCAAACCGUAAUUUAGGUUUUGUCAAAGACCUCUUCCGCCGUAUCAGCUGCGUGUGGACCGCUCAUAUAACGACUCAUCACUCCCGGCCGAUCCACAGUGACAAAUUUACACACUUUCCACCUUGACCCGUUUAUGCACGGCUCUCAGCAAGUCAGUCUGUAUCAGCAGAUGGUUUUUAAUGCGAUUGUUUCUCCUGUCAUAAAUUCUGUGGUGAAGGCUUGUGAAAUGUGGGCCAUGCAUGACAACAUGACAACACCGAUGCACUCAAUGCGGUGACAUUACUUUCAAAAGAAAGAUAGGAGACUGAUUCCCACGUUUAUAUCUUGCCUAUUUUUGCCUUGAAUCUAGGAAUAAACAGGGAAUCGAUGUCGAGGAUGACAUCUAUUGGAACACGUUAAGAACAACGUCUUAUACUGUUUCUGAAAAGUAUCUGAAUAGUGUUUUUCCAUGUAGCUUUGGUGUGUUUGACGGGAUACAUCUGGAAAGAAAUACCGUAUAAGUCCACUCUCCAAGGUGAAUGCUGCACAAUAUUAAUUACUAGGGAUGUCCGACAUCCGAUAUUGUCCAACUCUUUAAUUACCGAUACCGAUAUCAACCGAUAUAUACAGUCGUGGAAUUAACACAUUAUUAUGCCUAAUUUGGACAACCAGGUAUGGUGAAGAUAAGGUACUUUUUAAAAAUAAUAAUAAAAUAAGAUAAAUAAAUUAAAAACAUUUUCUUGAAUAAGAAAGAAAGUAAAACUAUAUAAAAACAGUUACAUAGAAACUAGUAAUUAAUGAAAAUGAGUAAAAUUAACUGUUAAAGGUUAGUACUAGGGCUUCACGGCCUCACAAUACGAAGGUCCUGAGUAGUCUUGGGUUCAAUCCCGGGCUCGGGAUCUUUCUGUGUGGAGUUUGCAUGUCCUCCCCGUGACUGCGUGGGUUCCCUCCGGGUACUCCGGCUUCCUCCCACUUCCAAAGACAUGCACCUGGGGAUAAGUUGAUUGGCAACACUAAAUUGGCCCUAGUGUGUGGAUGUGAGUGUGAAUGUUGUCUGUCUAUCUGUGUUGGACCUGCGAUGAGGUGGCGAAUUGUCCAGGGUGUACCCCGCCUUCCGCCCGAUUGUAGCUGAGAUAGGCUCCAGCGCCCCCCGCGACCCCAAAGGGGAAUAAGCGGUAGAAAAUGGAUGGAUGGAUGGAGGUUAGUACUAUGAGUGGACCAGCAGCAUGCACAAUCAUGUGUGCUUACGGACUGUAUCCCUUGCAGACUGUAUUGAUAUAUAUUGAUAUAUAAUGUAGGAACCAGAAUAUUAAUAACAGAAAGAAACAACCCUUUUGUGUGAAUGAGUGUAAAUGGGGGAGGAAGGUUUUUUGGGUUGGUGCACUAAUUGUAAGUGUAUCUUGUGUUUUUUAUGUUGAUUUAAUAAAAAAAAAACCAUACCGAUAAUUUCCGAUAUUACAUUUUAACGCAUUUAUCCCUAUUAAUUACUUACGAGCUUCAUUGGUUCUGUGACGGGGCUCUUAAUUCAAAACGCGCGUACUGUAUCUCUCCCAUCGAAAUGAAUUUAAAUCAAUUUAAUCAGUGCUUGACCCAACCCCCUUAAAACAGCACACUUUUAACAUGUAACAUGCCUUUUAAAAAGAAAACCAAACUUUUUGAUAAUAAAUAUUGCAUAAAGAGGGAAAACAAUAGAAAUUACGACACACAACUACAAUAGUUUUAUGAAAUAAUGUAAUAAUGAUGCACAGCAUUUAUCUUAGAGCAGGGGUCGGGAACCUUUUUGGCUGAGAGAGCCAUGAAAGCGAAAUAUUUAAAAAUGUAUUUCCGUGAGAGCCGUAUAAUAUUUUUUAACAAUGAAUACACUAAAUGCGUGCAUUUUUAAGUAAGACCAACAUUUUUAGAGUAUAAUAAGUCUCUUAUCUUACCAUUAAUGCGACUUCUGGUGCUGCAUGGUUUUGCUGAUGCCUUUGUAGUCUGGUUGAUACGUGAUACUGUGAUUACCAGCGAAAUUAUUCAUUACUCAUCGUGUUAAGCAGCGUCAGCUAAGAUUUAUCUGAGAGCCAGAUGCGGUCAUCAAAAGAGCCACAUCUGGCUCUAGAGCCAUAGGUUCCCUACCCCUGCCUUAGAGAGUGGUUUCUACGGUAUUUCCUCCCAGCUGCUUUGUCGUCAAACACGCCAUUAGCAGCUUUUCCAUAAUUUCAUGGAUAAAUGUCCGCCAUUGAGACAUUGUUUUAACAUUCUUUGCUGGCGUUAGACUCAUUCUGCCUCAGUUUGUUGCAGACUGGCAGUGAUACGCCUAAAUUGAAACGCUCAGUCAUGUUUAUGAUGAUUUCUUUCUUUACUUUAAUCAGUAUCAUCCACUUCUUAUUUUCAGCUCUGUCCUUCUCACUCACGUUCUUCCUUCCCAUGGUCGGAAAACAAAGCGCAUGUUUGUGUGCAUCUUCAGCUAUAAGGCCAGAUGUUUUAGUCGGUUAUUACAAGGUUCACUGUGACAUUUGCUACGCCAACUCAUGGCAAGAAUCCUUUUAAUUUAAAUUGUUGCUUGCAUCUUAAAGCAUAACAAUUAGCCGAAAGACAGCUCUUAUCUCAAAGCAAAAGUUGGGACACUCUUAAGUUGAGGUACCACUGCAUAAAACGACUGUAGUAGUACAUUCUGUUGUAUGCUGUUAUACAAUAUUUAUAUUCCAAAAUGUUGUUUUUCUUUUUAAAAGGUGUGUUACAUGUUAAAAUUGUGCUGUUUUUUGAGGGGAAACAUUGAUUAAAUUAAAUAAUUUCAAUGGGAGACAUUGAUUUGAGAUACAAAUGUUUUGAGUUGAUAUCUUUUACACAGAACCAAUUAAGCUCCUAAAUUGAGGUUUUACUGUAUUGUAGGAACAGCUUUGCGAGGUACAGUAGUUGGAGACAAGAAUGUGGAUGCGGUUCUGCUGCUGAAUCAUUAGACUUUUUCAAGAUCCAAGCAGCAAAGCCUCCAGAUAGGAAAGGGAAUUUGAGAAUAGGGAAGAAAGGAUAGUGAUUGACUCAGAGAUUAUCUUCUUCACUACAGAGGCGUCUUCUGUCUACACUCACAACGAGCCAAAACCUUCUUUCAUCAACUCAAAUUGACAAUUAGAAAGCCCCUGAACCACCUGUCUUUUUCUGCCGGACCUUCUCUGUUCCUGAAACGGUCCACUGAAUAAAGAAUGCUUUCUCAGCAGGUCUAGUUCUGCCUGCAUUGACCCGCAAAAAGUCAUUAAUCCAGUGGUCACUCCGACUGACUGACUCUCUUAUUAGCUCUCUUUACACAUAAAUGGAUGUAAUCGUCUGUCACACACACUAUUAGAUGAGCUAUUUUCAGAAUGUCAUUCAUGUAUUACUGGUUACUUUCCUUUAACAAAGAUGAUCAUUUUGUAAAGUGAAAUACUUUGUUCUGGUGAAAGUAACUCCACGGUGACACAGAAGCAGAAGCAAUGUAAAUGUUUUAUCUUGAUUGUACACUUUUCUAUAUUUUGUAUCUAAAUAUGUCAUUUUAAAGGUUGACUUUUAUCAUUGUCUAGGAACUACUGAUUAAAAAUAGGCGUCUGGCUAACUCUGGCAUAAUAACAUACCUGUAAGUGUUUAUUAAAAUACACUGUUCCUGUAUCAAAUAAAUUAAACACAAAACAAUAAAAGUAC